CGACGAGCUUCUCAACAGGGGCACCUGGUUCACGCCCGUGGCCACUCUGCUCCCGCUCAGGGUCAUGGACCAGGGCUUCGAUGUAUGGAUCGGUCACGAGCGGGCGACGCUCUGGAGCCACAAGCAUCGGAAGCCUACUCCCAACGAUGCUGAUACGACCAUGCAUGCGUACUGGAACUGGACUUGGGAUCAGCACGUAGAGCACGACGUUCCGAAGCUGCUGACAUACAUCAGCGGCGAGACCGGUUCCAAAGUGCAUAUUGUCGGCGUCUCUCUGAGCGCCGCAGUCGGGGCAGCCGCAGCCACGAACGCUGGCGUCACCAGUCUCAUGAAAACUCUGACUCUGAUAGCUCCCGCCUUCUAUCGGGGGAAUACUACUUCAGAGUUCCUGCAAGCCUGGGAUCCUAUUCCAUUUCCCUCGGCCGUAGGCACGAGCGACGACGAAUGGCACGACAACAGGCUCGGUGCGUUCAACUUUCCGAGGGAGUUUCAUCUAGAUGCCAUUCCAUUAACCGGCCCCACUUCUCGUCUGCGGUCCGCCAUCUCGGGCCCCGAUUGUUGCCUGGGUCCGAGUGUGCUCUCGCUUGCCAAGGGGUGGGAUGGAGUGACGUCGUACAAGAAUCUCGAGCACCUCCAUCAGGGAAUCUCGACGAGUACCUUUCUGCACUUCGAAUACGGGUCGACAGCCUUCAAUGCGCUGGCAUACGAGGGCAAAACCGAUCCUCCGACUUACGAGCCCAAAGAUAUUCCCACCGACCUUCCGAUGUUGGUGGUGUACGGAGGGCAGGAUUUAUACUCGCCUCCCGAAGGUGCCCUGGAAUUCAUGAGCUUGACGCAGACUAUGAAACUUAUUAAUCCAUGGUCCCAGUAGUAGUAGUUAGUAAUAAUAGAAAUAUCAUCAGCAGCUGUUGUUGGAGAGGUUUAUGCCUUCAAUCGUACGAUUAGUCCCAGUAGUCUAUAGAGGUAUAGAUAUCUCAAUACGCAAAAUCAGCUGUUGCCCAUAUGAUAUUCAUGCGGAGAUAGCCACAAUUUAUUCAGUACUUGACGUAGAAUCAACUUUUACUAGUUAUGUACCAUUUCACCGUUGGGGGUCUAUCCACUCAGAGCAUGUGAACAAGUCACUUGUGCACUCGUCUCUCGAACAU